AAAAGAGGAAAAGAAAGAGAAAAAGAAUGACUUCCCAUUUCAACAUUUCAGUGAAGCAUUUGGAUAAAAGGAAAAAGCUUAAAACCAUUUUCACUUUUUGCUCAUUUUACUGGAAAACCACAAACCUAGAUGAGUAACUUGCCUAUAGAUUCCACCUUGGUGAUCUGCUCUUCUUGGAGAGGACUUCUUGGAGAUGACAGCAUUCCCUUUCCCCUGCUAUCUCGUUCUGGAUCUGCAGGAGGCUUCAGUGAAGUCAGCAGCACCAGCUGACCUGAAUCUCACUCACAUGGACCAGACCACCACAACAAAAUCCUCCUCAGUCUCUCCAACCCUGCUAACAUCAUCUGCACAAGAUGAGAAGUCCAGUGGAAGCAGAAACACAACAACUCCAUCAACUCCAGGUGAAGAGUACAAGAGAAGAGAGAGUACUACAGCAGCAGCAACUCAAGGCACCUCAAGAACAGUUACCCCAGCACUGGAAAUCUCUUCCUCUCUGCCCAUGCCUACUCCAACAGAAUACGAGUCUCCACUGACUGUGGUAGCUUUCGGUGUCAUCAGCUUCAUAGUCAUCCUGGUUGUGGUUGUGAUCAUCCUCGUCAGCGUGGUCAGCCUGAGGUUCAAGUGCAAUCGCUCCAAGGACUCAGAAGACAAACAGAAGCCAGGGAGCUCCAUGGUAUCAGAGAGCUGCUCUGCAGGCACAAGCGAGAAGGACAACAGCAUCACUCUGAUCUCCAUGAAGAACAUCAAUAUGAACAACAGCAUGACUUACCCACCAUCAGAAAAGGUGCUAUGAAACCAACAAUCCAGAACUAGAAGCUGACACUUGAAUUUCUAGGCUUUUUUUUUUUCCUCUGGGGAAAGGACAAGGAUGGACUUUAUAUGUAAAUUAUUAUGCUCUUCCUGAUCAAUACACAUACAGUAGUUUCCCCAUCUGGGAGGGAUUAGGGCUUUCUCCAACUACAGCCUGUCAUACUCAAUGGUUGAUAUCUAACUGCAUUUUUGAUAGCCCUUCAGACCCUCAGGUUAUUCCAGCAGCAAGAAGUAUGAAGGAACCAACUACUCAGCUAAAAACCUGCUGUCUUAGAUUAAUGGCCUUCACAGCCUGUGCCAGACAGCCACAGCCUUGCAGACAGUUAAUCAGCGUAGACCCCCACUGAGCUAAACCUGUGCAUUAGAAAAGCAUGGUCUGAAGCUGAAGGCCUAAUAGGACUUAAAUACUCAAGUGCUAGGUCAAAUCAUAGCACAGUUGCUCCAAGCCCCUUCUGCAGGGAGUCAGGGUGACCAUGCCCACCUACCUCACAGAGCCGUUGUGAGGAUAUGUUAACCAGUGUUUCUAAAGCAUUUGGAGAGCCGUGAAUUAAAGGUGCUGCUGAAAUGCAAACUGCCAUCUUAAGGCUUCGUUAUUAAUAUCUGAGCUUCAGGCAGACGGGUCGGCAUCUUCCCACAAGUUCAACAUACAAUGAAGAAGAGUUGUUUGAAGUACAAAAGCGACACCACUGCUUUGCCAGGACUUUGUGUGGUCAUAAGCAAAAUUCUGAGCUACUCCAACUCCUGAAGUUCAGCAGCCUGAGUUUGCUGGGCGAGCUUCAGUCUUCUGUACUGCUGCUUUCCCAAAGCUUCCCAAAAGACCAGAGAAGCAGACACCCGUGGUUCUAAGCACCCCACACUACUGCAGCUACAAGCACCGCAGAUGCAUCCCCACUGUGAUAAUGAGAACAGUGCUCUGCUAAGCUGUGCAGUGCCACAGCUCGCCCCAGGAACUGGCUGGCUCACAGCCCACGCUCCUCGGGCCCAGCUGCCAAUCACUGCCUACCCACUGCAAAAUACAGCCCUAUCAGCUGAGCUACGGGCAUGAUGGAGUCAUCAAUACUCAGCUUCCACAUGACUGUAAUGGAAACAAGGCUCUGUUGGGAAGUUUUGGAGAUCUCAGCUGCAUAAUGCACUAAAGCACUAACUCUCCAACUGCUUUUGCCUCUGCCUGUCUUCGUGAGACUCCUGGCUUCAAGCUCUACCAGUUCCUGAGUCAGAGUCCUUGGAGCACCUCAUUUACUUGGCAGCAGUAUGCUGAGAAACUGAUUUCUCCUACCACAAGCAUCAAAAUCUAUCAGCCCUGAAGGUAAAUUGUGAAAUCAAGGAAAAAGGAUUUAUCCAAGCAGGCAAAACAGGUAUCACUGCACACAUUCCCCUGUACAGUCCAGUGAAACAUAUAAUUUAGCUUGAUCUAAUUUUAUAGGAUGGAUACGAGACGGUUACUGGAGCACACAGUGCUAAAGGUAGCUGUGCUUUGCAGCACACAAUGAAGUGCUCAGCAUAAUAAAUGCAAUGUUUUCACAACUCUUAUUAAGAUUAUUGCCAAUAGACUUUCUGUGUUUACCAUAUAUAUACAUCAGGUAUUUU